ACCAAACAUGCAGUAGAUUUUGUAAAUAAAAUGUGGCAACGCUGUGUUGUUGUCUUCUUGUUGACGUUGACGAGGCGAGAACUACUAUUAACAAUGAGCCCGAAAGCCUUUUUAACAAGAAGGCUUACAUUCUCUGCCUGUCAUAGAUUACACAGUACACAUCUGACUGACAAAGAAAAUAUAGACAUUUAUGGCAAAUGUAACAAUCCUAAUGGGCAUGGCCACAAUUAUGUAGUAAAAGUGACUGUAUGUGGAGAAAUAGAUAAUAAAACUGGUAUGGUUAUGAAUAUGUCAGACCUAAAAAAAUACAUGGAAGAAGCUAUAACAAAACCAAUGGACCAUAAAAAUCUGGAUUUAGAUGUUAGUUAUUUUGCAGAUAAGCCAAGUACAACUGAGAAUGUCAGUGUUUUUAUAUGGGAAUCUUUGAAACGAAUUAUGUUAAGUCCAGAAUUAUUACACAAAAUAGAAGUAUAUGAGACAGAAAAUAAUAUUGUUACUUAUUAUGGAGAUUGAAAAUGAAACUAGUAUUAAAACUUAAAACCGAAGUCAUUCCAAAACAAAAACUAUAUCGUGUUAUG